AUGAGAGGUUAUUGUAGAAUUAUAGCUUGUUGCUUUUUAUUCCUACCCUUCUUAUCCUCAGCAAAUUCUACUUUCACAUCUUUGUCACAAGCUUCUUCUCACCCUUUCUUAGGCCAUCGUUGCGUUGGCAGUGAAAAGACAGCCUUGCUCCGACUCAAAAGGGAUUUAUCUGCGGCCAAACCAGAAUCCCCUCUUCCUCUCCAGCCCGCCUCAGGUUCUUUGCUUACUUCAUGGAAGCCUAACACUGAUUGUUGCUCCUGGAAAGGUGUUACUUGUCAUGAAGUCACAACUGAUCAUGUGAUUGGCAUUAACCUCAGUGGUCACAACCUUUCUGGUCUUGUUAACUCAACCGAGUUUCUUAACCUCCCCUACCUUGAAAGGCUGAAUCUUGUCAACUGCAAUUUGGGAGAAAUCCCAAGUUUCCUUCGAAAAGUAAGUAGGUUGGUGGAGCUCGACCUUUCUAACAACAAAAUCCAUGGCCAUGUGCCUAAAUGGAUUUGGCAGUUUGAAAGGCUAGUUUACUUGAAUUUGUCUAACAAUUUCUUGAAUGGAUUUGAAGCGCCAUCGUCUGAUCCGUUUUUAAGCUCUUUGACCUUUCUUGAUCUUAGCUCCAAUUUGUUAGAAGGAUCAAUCCCAAUUCUACCACCCUCUGUCAGCUUCCUCUCGCUUGCUAAGAACAGGCUCACUGGAGAGAUUCCAGAAUCAUUAUGCAGGAUAAGAAAUCUAACAAUCUUGGAUCUAUGCUACAAUUCUAUGACAGGUCAAAUUCCAAAAUGUCUCGAGGCUCUUGCUGCUACUCUCACUGUACUAAAUCUACGGGAGAAUAAUUUUUUUGGGUUGAUGCUCUGGGAUUUCACCGAAGACUGCAGCCUAAAGACACUCAACUUAUACGGGAAUCAGUUGACAGGGAAAAUUCCCAGGUCUCUGAAGCAUUGCAGAUGCCUUGAAGUUAUAGACCUUGGAGAUAACCAGAUUAAUGACACAUUUCCUUUCUGGUUAGGGAUGCUUCCCAACUUGCAAGUUCUCAUCCUACAAUCAAAUAGAUUGCACGGUCCCAUUGGCCAGCCAUUGACAUCAAAUGACUUCCCAAUGCUUCAAAUCUUUGAUCUCUCCUCGAAUCAUUUCACCGGAAAUCUGCCACUGGAUUACUUUGCAAUAUGGAAGUCAAUGAGGGUAAAGUUCAACGGGUCACUAUUGUACAUGGGAUCUUACUAUUAUAGGGAUUGGAUGUCAAUUACAAGCAAGGGCCAUAGAAUGGAUAAUAUCAACAUCUUAACAAUUUUCACGAUCCUAGACCUCUCAAACAAUCUUUUUGAAGGAGAGAUUCCUGAAGAGAUUGGUGACCUCAAAUUACUAGAAGUACUCAACGUGUCUAGAAAUAACCUGAAAGGUGAGAUCCCAACAUCGCUUUCGAAGUUGGCAUUGCUUGAGUCCUUAGACCUCUCAAAAAACAAGCUCACAGGCGCGAUCCCGAUGCAACUAAUAAGCUUGACGUUCCUAUCGGUUCUUAACCUUUCUUAUAAUAGAUUAGAGGGGAAGAUACCUGUAGGGAAUCAAUUUUCUACCUUCACUAGUGAUUCCUAUCAGGAAAACUUAGGUUUGUGUGGGUUUCCGUUGUCCAAUAAAUGUGAUGACGUUGAAGAUCAACAGCCACCAGGUGCUCAACAAGAGACCAUCCUUUUUGAGUCAGGUAGUCUAUUCAGUUGGAAAUCUGCUUUGCUUGGAUACGGAUGUGCGUUGCCUGUGGGAGUUGCCAUUGGUCACACGUUGUUUUGGAGGAACAAGAGAUGCAGUAAAUUGAUUGAACAAUCAUUCAAGGCAAAGAAUUGGCAGAGCAAUGAACGCAAUCGAAAAGGAUGA